CAGGCUCCUCUACCAUUUCCUGCGGCUGCACUGCCACCCGGCCUGCCUGGUGCUGGUGCUCAACACGCAGCCGGCUGAGGAGGAAUAUUUUAUCAAUCAGUUGAAGAUAGAAGGAGUUGAACACCUCCCCCGACGUGUGACAAAUGAAAUCACAAGUAACAGUCGCUAUGAAGUGUAUACACAAGGUGGUAUUAUAUUCGCAACAAGUAGAAUACUUGUGGUUGAUUUCUUGACUGAUAGAAUACCUUCAGAUUUAAUAACCGGCAUCCUGGUGUACAGAGCACACAGGAUCAUCGAGUCCUGCCAAGAAGCCUUCAUCCUGCGUCUCUUCCGCCAGAAAAACAAGCGUGGCUUCAUCAAAGCUUUCACAGACAACGCUGUGGCUUUUGACACUGGUUUUUGUCAUGUGGAAAGAGUGAUGAGGAACCUUUUUGUGAGGAAGCUCUACCUGUGGCCAAGGUUCCAUGUAGCAGUCAACUCGUUCUUGGAACAACACAAGCCUGAAGUCGUAGAGAUUCACGUGUCUAUGACUCCUGCCAUGCUUUCCAUCCAGACAGCCAUACUAGACAUCUUAAAUGCGUGUCUGAAGGAACUGAAGUGCCACAACCCAUCACUAGAAGUGGAAGACUUGUCACUAGAAAAUGCUCUUGGGAAGCCGUUUGACAAGACAAUCCGCCAUUACUUGGACCCUUUAUGGCACCAGCUUGGAGCCAAGACUAAAUCCUUGGUACAGGAUCUGAAGAUACUAAGAACCCUACUGCAGUAUCUCUCUCAGUAUGAUUGUGUUACAUUUCUUAAUCUUCUGGAAUCUCUGAGAGCAACAGAGAAGGUCUUUGGUCAGAAUUCAGGUUGGCUUUUCCUGGAUGCUAGCACCUCCAUGUUCGUGAAUGCUCGUGCACGAGUUUAUCGUGUUCCCGAUGUCAAACUGAACAAAAAGGCCAAAAUGUCUGAGAGUGCAGAAGGGCAAGAAACAAAAAAGGAACUGGUCCUAGAAAGCAACCCAAAGUGGGAGGCAUUAAGUGAAGUCCUGAAAGAAAUCGAAGCAGAAAAUAAGGAGAGUGAAGCCCUUGGUGGCCCAGGCCAGGUGCUGAUCUGUGCAAGCGAUGACCGGACUUGCUGCCAGCUGAGAGACUACCUGACCGCAGGAGCAGAAGCCUUCCUGCUGCGGCUCUACAGGAAAACCUUUGAGAAGGACAGCAAAGCCGAAGAAGUGUGGGUGAAUCUUAGAAAGGGGGACGGUCCAAAGAGAACCAUGAAAUCUGACAAAAGACCCAAAGACACCAAAAACAAAGAGCGUGCCUCUACCAAAAAGGGGGCUCCUAAAAGGAAGAAGCGAGAGCUAACUCUGACGCAAGUGAUGGGGACUGCUGAGGAGCCACCAGAGGAAGGGGCUGCAGAGGAAGACCAGCAGAGACAAGCCACCAGUAGUCCAGAAGGCUGCGGGGGAGAGAUUCAGCAUGAAGCUUUUGAUUUAAAUUUGUCAUCUGACUCGGCCUAUGGCAUCCUGAAAGAGCCCCUGACCAUCAUCCAUCCGCUUGUGGGGUGCAGCGACCCCUAUGCCUUGACGCGGGUACUGCAUGAGGUGGAGCCCAGAUACGUGGUUCUGUAUGAUGCAGAGCUCACCUUUGUACGGCAGCUGGAGAUCUACAGGGCCAGCAGGCCAGGGAAACCACUGAGGGUUUACUUUCUUAUAUAUGGAGGCUCCACGGAAGAACAGCGUUACCUGACCGCUCUUCGAAAGGAAAAGGAGGCAUUUGAAAAGCUCAUAAGGGAAAAGGCUAGCAUGGUUGUCCCUGAAGAACGGGAAGGCAGAGAUGAAACCAACCUGGACUUAGCAAGAGGCACAGUGUCCACAGAUGCUCCCGCUGACACUCGAAAAGCUGGUGGCCAGGAGCAUAACGGCACACAACCCAGCAUUGUGGUGGACAUGCGGGAGUUUCGGAGUGAGCUACCAUCCCUGAUCCAUCGGAGGGGCAUCGACAUCGAGCCAGUGACUCUGGAGGUGGGUGAUUACAUCCUGACGCCUGAGCUGUGUGUGGAGCGCAAAAGCGUGAGUGACCUCAUCGGCUCGCUAAAUAGUGGCCGCCUGUACAGCCAGUGCCUAGCCAUGUCACGCUACUACCGGCGGCCAGUACUGCUCAUCGAGUUCGAUGCUGGUAAGCCCUUCUCCUUGGCGCCACGCGGUUCCUUCUUCCAGGAGAUGAGUAGCAGCGACGUGAGCUCCAAGCUCACGCUCCUCACCCUGCACUUCCCGCGCCUGCGGCUGCUCUGGUGCCCCUCGCCUCAUGCCACAGCCGAGCUGUUCGAGGAGCUGAAGCAGAACAAGCCACAACCUGAUGCAGCCACGGCCAUGGCCAUCACUGCAGACUCGGAAACGCUGCCAGAGUCGGACAAGUAUAACCCCGGCCCCCAAGACUUCGUGCUAAAGAUGCCUGGGAUCAAUGCCAAGAACUGUCACUCCCUGAUGAAUCACGUGAAGAACAUAGCAGAGCUGGCCUCCCUGUCCCAGGAGCGGCUCACGAGCAUCCUGGGGCAUGCGGGAAAUGCCAAGCAGCUGUACGACUUCCUCCACACUGCCUAUGCAGACGUGGUGUCCGGAGGCAGAGUGAGAAAAUGACCGAACUCAGAUCGCUGUUCAUUAGUCAUUUGCAGAGCAGUUCAUUCUUUCCCAGGGCUUUUAGGGAUGGGCAUU